UCAUGAUACAGGUAUUGUACUUACAGGUAAAGGGAAGUAGUUGACCGGUCCGACGAUAUUCCGGUCGGCGGUAUCUUAGUCAUCAUUUACCGUGUCGAGGUCAACCUCAAGUGGAGAUAACUUGCUUUGUUACACCUCACUACGCCAUCACGCAAACUUACGAGUAGGAGAGGACAUGCAUUGACGACAACGGACGCGCGUGCCUAAUAUCAUGCGCCUUCCGUGUGAUUGGAUUUCUUCGCGACACUACACCAUUGAACGAAGACAUCAUGUUCAACUUCACUCCCCUGCUGGGCGCGCAGUCGACAUCACCCGCGUCGCAGUCUCUCUUGGAGUUUGACGGUGGUAUCAAGAUUCUGAUCGACGUUGGCUGGGAUGAGAGCUUUGAUACGGAAAAGCUUAGAGAGAUUGAGAAGCAUAUUCCAACCUUGUCAUUUGUUCUCCUCACGCAUGCGACUACUGCUCAUCUUGGAGCCUACGUACACUGCUGCAAACACUUUCCACUGUUCACACGCGUACCUGUCUAUGCGACAAUACCCGUCGUGUCCCUCGGCCGUACGCUCCUCCAGGAUCUAUAUUCCUCUACACCGCUAGCAUCCUCGAUUAUACCAACGGAAGCUCUUACGGAAUCUGCCUAUUCUUUCCCGUCGCUCAAAGAUGGCAACAACCCCAAUCUGUUGCUUCAGUCUCCGACGCCGGACGAAAUCGCACAUUUCUUUGGCCUGAUCAACCCCCUCAAAUACUCUCAACCUCACCAGCCUCUGCCCUCGCCAUUCUCGCCUCCUCUGAGUGGCCUCACGAUCACAGCUUACAGCGCAGGACAUACUCUUGGUGGCACAAUAUGGCACAUCCAACAUGGCAUGGAAUCGGUCGUUUAUGCAAUCGACUGGAAUCAAGCCAAGGAGCGCGUGCUUUCAGGUGCCGCAUGGCUCGCUGGUACCGGGGGAUCAGAAGUUAUUGAACAACUGCGCCGCCCUACGGCACUGAUUUGCAGCACAAAAGGGUCAGGCCAGGUUUCGGGACAGCGCAUGAAGCGAGACGAUGAUCUUGUUUCUAUGAUAAAGGACACGAUCCAGAAGGGCGGAUCGGUUCUCAUUCCUACAGACUCUAGUGCUAGGGUUCUUGAAUUGGCCUAUCUGCUUGAAGAGACCUGGACUCGCGAGAUCGACGCAGACGGGAACUUGAAGGGGGUCCCAAUAUAUCUCGCCAGCAGGACAGGUGGUGCCACGAUGAGAUAUGUCAGAAGUAUGUUAGAGUGGAUGGAAGAGGGGAUUGUGAAAGAAUUCGAGAUCGCCAGCGGCGCACAAGAGGCACAGGAUCAGAAACGCGGACGGGGACAGCAAUCAGGAGGCGCCAAAGGAGAGGACGACAAAACCACAAGAACUCCUUUCGACUUCAGACAUAUCAAACUACUCGAACGGAAAUCCAGGGUGGCUCGGAUGCUGAGCGAUUCGGGACCCCGGGUGAUACUAGCAAGCGACACAUCGCUUGAAUGGGGAUUUUCGAAGGAUGCGAUCCGGAGCCUCGCAUCGGACGAACGUAACCUCAUCGUUCUGACCGAGAAGGUUGGCGAAACGUCUUCACAACACAAGGGUCUCGGCAAAUAUCUCUGGGACUUGUGGAAGGAGAAGACCGCACAAGAGCAAACGUCGACAUCUAUUAUAGAUGCAGCGGGCCACCAGGCAACUCUGCAAACUACCAGAGCAGCACCUUUGGAGGGCAACGAACUCAAUCUCUACCAACAGUAUCUCGCUCGACAACGUCAACUUCAAAACACGAUGCAAGGAGACGCCGGCACUGCCAUGGAAACUUCAGCGGACGUCGUAGACGAUCAGUCAUCAUCGACAUCAACGACCUCCGAGGACUCGGACAUUGAGCACCAAGGAAAGGCCUUGAAUACGGCAACCACUCUACAACACGCCAGGCACAAGCUUGGUCUUAGCGAUGCUGAACUUGGCAUCAACGUGCUCAUUCGUCGGAAAAACGUAUUCGACUACGAAGUGCAAGGCAAGAGGGGUCGCGAAAAGAUGUUCCCCUACGUGGCGAAGCGACGACGUGCGGACGAUUUCGGCGACCUCAUUCGGCCAGAAGACUACGUCCGCGCAGAUGAAGAAGACCAGGCCGGGGCAACCACUCUGCGUGACGGAUCGAAGAAGGAGAAUGCCGUCGGGCAGAAGAGGAAGUGGGACGACCUAGCGGUGCGAUCAGUGGCUGCGGGACGCCGCAUGCCGAAUGGCGCAACAAGAGGUACGAAGAACGAUUCCGGCAACCGCAUGGAUACAGACGACGCCGAGGAAUCAGAGAGCGAGCCAGAGGAUGAAGCGGACAAGAUUACGGGACCUUCCAAGGCCAUCAUCAGCACGGAAACGAUCAGCCUCAACUGCCGCAUAGCCUUUGUCGAUUUCUCCGGCCUGCACGACCGACGAACGAUCCAGAUGUUGGUGCCACUCAUCAAACCACGAAAACUGAUCCUCGUCGCGGGAGAACAGGCAGAGACGGACGACCUAGCAGAGGAAUGCAGAAGAGUACUCAACGCCGGCUCCUCAGAAGGCGGCGUCAUCGACGUCUUCACCCCCGCGGUCGGCAUAAUGGUCGACGCCAGCGUCGACACCAACGCCUGGACCGUCAAACUGAGCCGCAACAUGGUCAAGCGACUACAAUGGCAGAAAGUCCGCGGCCUAGGCGUCGUCGCCAUCACCGGUCGCCUCGAAGCCGCCGCACCCCUCGCCCCCAGCACCACCGCCGACAACAACGACGACUCCAACGACGGCGGCGGCACCUCCAAGAAGAAACCCAAACUCGACUCCGCCCUUCCCACCGCCAGCCCCAACGGCACCACCGCCGCCGCAGCAGACACGACCCCGAUCCUCGACGUCGUGCCCGCCAACAUCUCGACCGCCGUCCGCUCCGUCGCACAACCCUUCCACGUCGGCGACCUCCGCCUCGCCGACCUCCGCAAGCUCAUGCAGAGCUCCGGCAUGACGGCCGAGUUCCGCGGCGAGGGCACCCUCGUCAUCAACGGCACCGUCGCCGUCAGGAAGACGGGCACCGGCAAGAUCGAGGUCGAUGGCGGGUCGUAUAGCUUCGCGGACCCGAGGAACGCGGACACGGGGACGUUUUUCAGGGUCAAGCGGAAGAUUUAUGAGGGAUUGGCUGUCGUGGCUGGGGGGUGA